AAAGAAAGACCCGCGGUGACGUCAGACUCGCCGGAGUGCAGCCCUCAUGCAAAGGCGGACUACUUUUUCACCCUCUGAAACAAUAGAACAACUGUAUCCAUCAACUUGCUUCUAAGGCUCAUCACCCCAAAACCUCCCCGAAAAUGGCGUCCGAAGACCACCUUGCAGCUUCCGCGCCGGGCGGCGAUGGCCAGCGCACCCCAACCGAAGCCCUGUGCGCUACCAACCCCCCGAUCCAUCUCUAUACGCCGACCAAUCUCGUAUGGAAAGGAACGCAGUCAAUAUCUUCCCCGUCACCAAUAACGAUCAAUGGUGUCACUAUCUGGUCGAGUGCUCCGAUCCACAUCCUGGGAGGUCCUCAAGGUCAACAUCUUUUGAUAUCUACCACACUUAGCCCGAAUUUCGCCCGUGGAUGGAGCAGGCUGUCGGAUGAGCUCAAAUUGCGCAUUCUAUCUUACAACUUGGUGGAGGACCGCCCGGUAGGCAUUAUGGAUAGAGCCCUCGGAUCGAUAUUCAUGCAGCAUCUCCGGAUGACGCCCGAAAUUGCGACGUUGUCUCGCGACAUAUUCUACAAGAUGAACACUUUCGAGCUCCGACCCAGGUCCGCAUCAAUCCGGCGUGUUGUGUCUCCGGCCGUCUUCGAUUUCCCGAAGCCAGCGGUGAAUGCACAUAUUCGGAAGGUCCAGUUCAUCGUUCGGCUCCGCGGGGGAGAGUGGCACUUCCUGAGGAGGUUUGCGAACGGCAGCUACGGGUUUCCUAAUCUCCAAGAAUUGCAUGUUUACAUAGACCAGCGAUGUGAGUAUGUUCUUCGGGGAGAUUGGGACCGUUUCGUACAGCACAGUGUCGGCACUGGACUUGAAUUCUCUUGCAGUGGCAAUUUGCAAGUUCUGCGGCCACAGAAAAUCCGACUCCGGGGUACUACGGUACAAUCGGAUGAAAUUGAGCGGGUGUUGAAGGAGAAGGUCAUCUUCAAAGGGAAUGUGGAGAAAUGAUACCAGGUAUUAGAGCAACCCCCGGGUUGAGGAAAGACGACAUUCAGUAUCAUUCUCGGGGGGAGCGUUUGGCGGAUGAAAUGGUGAAUUUUGUCAUGUCUAUGUAUCCCUG